AUGCCCACGGGUGGCAGGGGCUGGGUCUGUGAGGUUACCUGGUGCAGCGGGAGGCAGCAAGGCAGGACUUCUUCCUUUGACCUCCUCCCUGGGCGUCUCUGGCAGCUUGCUCAAGCGAUCCGCCUGCUCCUGGAGUACACAGACUCACCCUAUGAGGAGAAGAAGUACACCAUGGGGGACGCUCCGGACUAUGACAGAAGCCAGUGGCUGAAUGAAAAAUUCAAGCUGGGCCUGGACUUCCCCAAUCUGCCCUACUUAAUUGAUGGGACUCACAAGAUCACCCAGAGCAACGCCAUCCUUCGCUACAUUGCCCGCAAACACAACCUAUGUGGGGAGACAGAAGAGGAGAAGAUUCGCAUGGACAUUUUGGAGAAUGAGGUUAUGGACAACCGCAUAUACUUUGGCAGGAUCUGCUACAACCCUGACUUUGAGAAACUGAAGCCUGGGUACCUGGAGGGCCUCCCUGACAAGAUGAAGCUCUACUCACAGUUUCUGGGG